GACUCCGUCGCUUUAUAAUCUCCGAGAGUCGUCAGCGUUUAAACCGAGUUCAAUCAGAUCCCGCCGCCGAUUUUUGUGACGCGAUCGAAUAGGGCUAUUCACUUAUUUAGCCGAACCCUAAGACGCUCGCCACCAUCCGAGGUCCGCGUUCGCUUUUACAGAAAAGAUGUUUUUCGUAAAACGUCAAUGCCCCUAACCACGCCGAAUCAAUUAUUUUUACGCGCGACGCGAAAUCCGCGGUAACACGGCCGCUGCAGUUUUUCGUCACACGCGCGAGUUGAACUUUGAACCGCGCGACUUUCUAUCGUCCGUGUCUCUGACCACGACCCGGUUUCGGUCGUCCUACCGAUAUUACUUGCAUCGUCGCGUUAUCAUUUCACAAAUCCGAAAUUUAUAAUCAAUCGAAAAGCCAAAUUUUCAUUUUUAUGUAUACACUUAUGCGUAUUGACUACACAAAAAAAGGAUUUUUCGUAUUUUUGUUUUUCCCUACGCUACUAAUAUACAUAUAUAUACAGUGAUAACUCAUUUAUAUAUUUAUAUAUAUAUAUAUAUAUAUAUUCUAAAGACUAAUUUAAUAAUUUAAAAUGGUACACGCGUGUUACUUGUGCAGCGCAAUUGUGGCCGACGGCGUCAGUCUACACAAAUUUCCCAGCGAUGUCGAAAGGGCCCAGAGGUGGUUGGCGUUCGUAGCGACGUGCGGUUACGAUCCGGCGGCCGUAAACUUGCGGAGCGCUUUCAUUUGUUCCAGGCACUUUGACCCUGUCAACGAUUACCGUACCAACCCAAUCCGCAGGUUACUCAUUAGCACUGCUGUGCCCACCGUGAUUGUCGCCAAUCCCGAAGCAGCUCGACCCUCUCAGUCGGACGUUGAAAUCGUCGGCAUCGCCGUUGGUGACGACGAGGCGGCGGUUGGCGAUAUAAACGACAUGGUCGAAGUCGUCGAAGCCGAAGCGUCACCCGAAAUAGUCGACGUCGUUCCGUUCGAAGUCCAAGUGGUCGGGGCUCCCGUCGAACCGUCGCCCGAAUUCGUCGACGUCGGGUUGGACGACCUUGCCGCCGUCGUCGGAGUUCAAAACGAACCAGCCCUCGACGUCGCUCCGUCCGAAGACGAUCGACGGGGUGCUAAUCCGGAACGAGAGCAAGCCGGCGGUGUUGUUGAAGCUGUACCCGUGCAACCGGUCGAACUCAUAGCUCACGUGCGAGACGUUUUACCGGAGGAGAAUUGCAUCGGACGGAUGAAUUACGUUUGCGCGCAUUGUAACGCACGUCAUUUCGGCGUGGAAAGGUUAAGUAUUAGUAACGAUGCGCGGUCUUAUUUUUCUCUGUGUUGCUCUAAUGGUUUGGUCGCCCUCGCGGACGACCAAGUAUUAUUGCCUGUUCCAGAUCUGUUGAAGGACCUGAUGCUCGGCGAUUCGGCACAAUCGCGAUCCUUUAGAGCGGAAAUCCGUCCAUACAACAGCGCGCUGGCGUUCGCUUCGUUCAUAGUGAACAAUCCGCCCGCCGAUAGAGCGCCAGAGGCUCAGCCCGGCCGCCGGUUGCCCGGCGGCGUGUUUACCGCGCACGGACAGAUGUACCACAGGAUGAGCCGAGCGGCGAUACCCAACAGGAGGGGGGCAACGCCUCGCUACUGUCAGUUGUACUUCAUCAGCUCGACGGAGGCUACCGCGGCGCGGAUCGAAGCCAAUCGCAGCCGAGCCAACCUGUUGGACAGCGUGUUACGGCAACUCGACGAAAUGUUGAGGGCCAUCAACCCGUACGCUGAAGCGUUCAGGAAUAUGAACGAGGUGUGGGUCGACAAGACCCGACGACCGCCGGAAGAGGCACCGCAAAGAGUGACCAUGUUCUUCAUCGAAGACCGCAACAGCGACCCGAGGCGCUACAACGCCUCGCGCGUCAACGAAGUCGCCGCGGUGUUCACCGGCGAGAACGGCUUGCCGCCGGCGCAAGUGGAUUUCGCGGUUUACGACCGCGCGACGGCCGGACCCGCGAUGCGCACGCUGUCGACGAGGUCGCCACACAUCGAUCCGAUGGUAUACCCGCUGCUCUUUCCGAACGGCGAAAGGGGAUGGAACCCACACAUGGAACAGACGGGCGCGCGGAGAACGACCAACAGGCAACGCGUGUCCAUCAGGGAGUUCAUGUGCUAUCGUCUGGCCGUCCGUUACGGGGGCAACAACGACGGCGGCGGUCACGGCGGGUUCAGCCCGUUACACGCCGGCGGUUUUCUGUUUCAACAGCUCCUGUGCGACUAUUACGUGCGCAUGGAAUCGGAGCGGUUCGAAUACUACGAGGCGCACCAGUCGGACUUUUUCGUGGAGGCCUACCAAGGUCUGAUGGAUCACAUCAACGGGCAACACGACGUGACCAGGGACAACGACGUCGGGUCCCGCGUCAUUCUGCCCGCUUCGCACACGGCCGGCGUGAGGUUCAUGAAAAGACGUUAUCACGACGCCAUGGCCUUGGUGCGGACGUACGGCAAGCCCGAUCUGUUCAUCACUUUCACCUGCAACCCGAAGUGGACGGAGAUCGCGGACAACCUGUCGGACGCGUUGACGUACAUCGACAGGUCCGAUUUGGUUACGCGCGUGUUUCACGCCAAACUCAAAGCGCUGAUGGACGAUCUGACGCGCAGGAACGUCUUCGGCCGCGUGGCGGCUUACGUCUACACGGUCGAGUUUCAGAAGCGCGGUCUGCCGCACGCGCACAUACUGCUCAUUCUCGACGAGCGGUUUAAAAUACGUUCGGCCGAAGACGUGGACCGGAUCGUGCGAGCGGACAUACCGGAUCCCGUCGCGCAACCGACGCUGCACCGUCUGGUCAAGACCCACAUGUUGCACGGUCCGUGCGGCGUGUUUUUCAGAACGUCGCCGUGUUGGGACCAAGAGAAAAACGUCUGUACCAAGCAAUACCCGAAACCGUAUUGCGAGGAAACGGUUUACCGCGCCGACGGCGGUUACCCCGAGUACAGGCGACCCGACAACGGUCGUACCGUCGAAGUGCGGCGGGCCACCCUGGACAGUCAGUGGGUGGUGCCUUACAAUCCCUAUCUGACGGCCAAGUACAACGCUCACAUCAACGUGGAGGUGUGCUCUUCGGUGAAGAGCGUCAUGUAUCUGUACAAGUACGUGUACAAGGGCCACGACGCCGCCACGUUCGCGGUGUUGAACAACAACGAAAUACAGAGCUAUUUGAACACGAGAUACGUGAGUCCGCCGGAGGCGUUUUGGCGUUUGGCCAAGUACGAAAUUCAAAAGCAGAGUCACGCCGUCGUAAAACUGCCGGUUCACCUCGAGGGCCGGGAACCGGUAUAUUUCCGACGGGGCGAACUGCCGCCCGCGGUGCUCUUCGGCGCCGGGGUGCGCACGAUGCUCACGGAAUUCUUCCAGCUGAACAGGAACGACGCAGGAGCCAGGCGGUACCUGUAUCACGAAAUACCCAACAGCUACGUGUGGGACGGCAGGGAAAAGUCGUGGCGUGUGCGCCAACGCGCCCAGACGUAUCCGAACAUCGCGAGAAUGUACGCGGUCAGUCCUUGCGACAGGGAGCGUUUCUACCUGAGGACGUUGCUGCUGUACCGCAGGGGACCGAUCGGUUUCGAGGACCUGAGGACGGUCGACGGCACGGUGUACCCCACCUACGCCGAGGCCGCGACGGCUCUGGGCAUCUUGCGAGACGAUCGCGCGUGGAGGGCGUGUAUGCGAGAAGCUUCCGUCCACGACACGCCGCAUCAGUUGAGAUGUCUGUUCGUCACGAUACUCCUGCAUUGCUCGCCCAACGACCCGCCGAGACUGUACGACGAGUUUAAGGACAAUCUGAUGGAAGAUUACUUCAGACGACGCGCAGACCGCGACACGUCCGAAGCCAUGUGUUUGGCCGCCGUGGAACGUCACCUGGCCGCUUCGAACAGGACGCUCGCGGGUUUCGGUUUACCCGAGCCCGAUCGCGCUCUGUUAGUACCGGACGCCGCGCCAGCCGACAACGCGACGGCGGCGGCAGACGUCGCCGAGUUGGUCGGUCGACUGAACGAACAACAGCGGACGAUAUACGAUCGCGUCAUGCGGGCGGUCGGCGACACCAGGCGUCGAUUGCCCAAGUUGUUCUACGUUUCCGGAGCCGGAGGUUGCGGCAAGACCUUCCUGUACAACUGUUUGAUUUCGGCCAUCCGGAGCCGCGGAGGGACCGUGAUUUCCGUGGCCUAUACCGGGAUAGCCGCGUCGUUGAUCCAGGGCGGACAGACCGUUCACUCUACGUUCGGCGUGAGGGUGGCGCCCCACGAUCAAGAAGACCCGUCGUAUCUGGCGAUGCAAUCGAGGAAAGCGCAGGCUCUGCGCGCCGCCUCGCUGAUCGUUUGGGACGAGGCGUCCAUGUCGCCCACGUCGCAGCUGCGGGUCGCCGACAGGUUGCUCAGGGACGUCAUGAACGUGCCGGACACGCCUUUCGGCGGCAAACCCGUGCUGUUCGCCGGCGACUUCAGACAGACGUUGCCCAUCGUGAAGCGCGGUUCGCGGGCCCAAAUCGUUUCGGCCACCAUACGGCACGGUGUUUAUUGGGUCUCGAUGGAAAAAUACUCGCUUGAGCGCAACAUGCGCGCCGACGGCGACCGGCCCUUCGCCGAUUGGCUGUUGCAGCUCGGCGCGGGCUCGCUCAACAACGGACUGGAAUACGUGACCAUUCCGGCCGGUGCGGUAAGCGAAUCUUUUGCAUCUCUUUUAGACUUUGUUUAUCCGCGGGCGAUGUCGUUGGACAACGUCCGCGAUUACGCUAAACAUAUUGUUUUGUGUGUUACAAACGACGAGUGCAAGAACAUCAACGAUCAGGUGCUCCGCAGUCGAGUCACGGGAUCGCAGAGGGUGUACACCGCCACCGACACCGUCGUGGCCGACGACGACGACGAGGCGGCCAAUUUUCCCGUAGAGUUUCUCAACACUCUGGAAGCGGACAACUUGCCGCCGUACAGGUUGACUCUGAAGGUGGGCGCGAUCGUCAUGUUGCUGAAGAACCUGGACACGACCAGACGGCUGUGCAACGGCACCAGACUGGUAAUCACCGAGCUCAGGCAACAUAAUUUUAAAGCUAGACUGUUGACAGAUCUCGACGCCGAGGAGACGGUCGUUCCGAUCGUUCAGACGAGGACGUCCGGGGACGGCGACAUUCCGUGCCGCAUGUGCCGUUACCAGUUUCCCGUGAGGCUCUGCUACGCCAUGACCGUCAACAAGUCGCAGGGGCAGACGUUCGAUCGCGUCGGCCUGUCGCUGACGGUACAGCCGUUCGCCCACGGACAGCUGUACGUGGCGUUUUCGAGGGUGCGCAACCAGAAUUCCAUCAGGGUGUACACUUUGUCGGCCGCGGACGGACCGUGCGUUGUGAAAAACGUCGUCUACAGGGAAGUAUUAGAAUAAUUUUGACAUAAAUCGUGUUCGAUGGCGACAUUGAACACCAUCCCGCCGUACGGCGGGUAAUCGAGUGUUAUGAACGGAUUAAGUGGUGUAAUCCGGGCAAAAUGCUCGAUUUUGACGGGCGUGACUUGUGCGUUUAUGCGAAUAUUCUGCCUGUGUCCCUGUCUGAUCGCGUUGGACAGCGAAAAAUCGGGUUUGUUGAACGGAUUACCUGGUGUAGUCCGGGCAAGAAGCUCGAUUGCUGCUGGCACGGGUCGUUUCGGUGUGCCAGCUGCGGCGGGCGUGACUUGAGCGUUUAUGCGAAUAUUCUGCCUGUGUCCCCGCGUGUCCCUCGAAACGGCUAUUUUCCCGUGCUGUGCAUUUGCCAUUCGAACCCCGAAUGGCACGUGUACGGGCGGGGAAAUUUCCGUUUCGUGCGGAGAGAUUGUAUGACAACCUUCACGUGGUUCUCUCUGAAUGCAAAUCCGUUAAACGUUCGCGGCAUUAAAUAAAAUAUCACAAUAACAGUAAUAUACAUUUUUUAAAUAUUUGCAUUACAAGUCGAUAUGACAGUCACUUUUUGCUUGCCGUACGGAUUCGUAACUAAUGUCAUGCGUUAUAAUUAAAAUUUAUUUGCAUAUUAUAAUACAUUUAUUUGUUCGAUUAACGUUCGAUUUCUUUUCCAGAACUCAAACGAAUUAACACAAAUGACUCGGAGGACGUUGGUAACACGACGAACGUUUCGACAAAAUAAUAUCAUCUUAUGCGGGACCGACAUGAAAUUCCUGGAAGUUAUCAUACACGGCAACUUACUUUCUACGCUUCA